CCCUUCCUUGCUCCAGCAGAUCUCAGGGGGGCUGAGCAUCCUCUGCUCGGCCGCCCCGCCUUCCCGCCCGCCCGCCUGCCCGGGUCUGAGCUGUCUGCACCGCUGCAGCCCAGCCGGGUCCGCUGGCCGCGCGAGCCUUGGUCACCGGGCUAGAGGUUUGGAAUCAAUUUUCCAUUUCCUGCGAAGUUUUCUCUCUGCCCAUGUCACAAGAGGAUUCAGGACCAAGAAAGAAGAACUCAGGAUGAAAGUGAAAGGAGGGGAAAUCAGCUAUUUGCUGGUCUCCUUCACUGCAGUGUGCCUGGUGGCCACCCCUGGGAGCAGGGCCUGUCCUCGCCGCUGUGCCUGCUACAUAUCCACAGAAGUGCAUUGCACGUUUCGGUACCUGACCUCCAUCCCAGAGAACAUCCCACAUGAUGUGGAGCGCAUCAAUUUAGGGUAUAACAGCUUGGUUAGACUGACAGAAACAGACUUUUCUGGCCUGAAUAAACUGGAGUUACUCAUGCUGCACAGUAACGGCAUUCACACAGUUGUGGACAAGACCUUCUCGGAUCUACAGGCGCUGCAGGUCUUAAAAAUGAGCUAUAAUAAACUCCGAAAACUUCAGAGAGAUAUUUUUUAUGGUCUCAAGAGCCUAACUCGGUUACAUAUGGACCACAAUAACAUCGAGUUUAUCAACCCAGAGGUAUUUUAUGGACUCACCUCUCUCCGCCUGGUACAUUUGGAAGGAAAUCAGCUCACUAAACUCCAUCCAGAUACGUUUGUCUCUUUGCGCUACCUCCAGAUAUUUAAAACAUCUUUCAUUAAGUACCUGUACUUGUCAGAUAACUUCCUGACCUCUCUUCCUCAAGAAGUGGUCUCUUACAUGCCUGACCUAGAAAGCCUUUAUCUGCAUGGGAACCCAUGGACCUGCGACUGCCAUUUAAAGUGGUUGUCUGACUGGAUACAGAAGAAACCAGAUGUAGUAAAAUGCAAAAAAGAUAGAAGUCCCUCCAGCCUUCAGCAGUGUCCCCUUUGCAUGGACCCCAAGAUCUUUCAAAGCAAGCCCUUGGCUACAGUCCCAGCUUCAGCUUUUCUGUGUGUGAAGCCAAUGAUUGACUCAUCCUUAAAAUCAAAGAGCUUGACUAUUUUGGAAGACAAUGAUUCUGCCUCAGUGUCUCCCCAAGAUUUCAUGGCACCCUUUGGAUCCCUCACUUUGAAUAUAACAGACCAGAAUGGAAAUGAAGCUAACAUGGCAUGCAGCAUCCAAAAGCCAUCGAGAUCACUGCCCAUUGCAUUCACUGAUGAAAAUGACUACAUCAUUUUAAAUAUGUCCAUUUCUACAUUUCUCGUGUGUGAUAUGGGUUACAAUCACAUCCAGCUGGUGUGGCAAGUUUUGGCACUGUACAGUGAUUCUCCCCUGAUACUAGAAAGGAGUCAUUUGCUCAUUGAAGCACCGCGAUUAUGCUACAAAUAUAAACAAGUGGCUCUUAAGCCAGAAGAUGUUUUUACAAAUAUAGAGGCUGAUCUUAGCACAGAUCCUUCUUGGUUAAUGCAAGACCGAAUUUCCUUGCAGCUGGACCGAACAGCCACCACACUCACUACAUUACAAAUCCGUUACUCAAGUGAUGCUCAGAUCACUUUACCAAGAGCAGAAAUGAGGCCAGUGAAGCAUAAAUGGACCAUGAUUUCAAGGCUUAACAAUACCAAGCUGGAACACACUAUAUUGGUUGGUGAGACCAUUGCCCUGGACUGUCCAGGCCAAGGAGAUCCCACCCCACACUUGGAGUGGCUUCUAGCUGAUGGGAGUAAAGUGAGAGCUCCUUAUGUGAGUGAGGAUGGGCGGAUUCUAAUAGACAAAAGUGGAAAACUGGAACUCCAGAUGGCUGAUAGUUUUGACACAGGAAUAUAUCAUUGCAUAAGCACCAAUUAUGAUGAUGCAGAUAUUCUUACCUAUAGGAUAACUGUAGUAGAGCCCCAUGCAGGAGCUGCUCAAGAAAAUGGGAUUCAUCGCACAGUUUUCAUUGGCGGUACGUUGGAUCUUCCAUGUCAUUCUACUGGCAUUCCAGAUGCCUCUGUUAGCUGGGUUCUUCCAGGAAGUAUUGUGCUCUAUCAGUCCUCAAAAAAUAAGCAAAUUCUUACCAAUGACACAUUAAGAAUAUCCCACAUUACACAAAAAGAUCAAGGUCAUUAUCAAUGUGUAGCGGCCAACCCAUUGGGGGUUGAUGUAUUGAUUUUUAAAGUUUCUGUCAAAAUAAAAGAUCAAAGGCCAGAGGAGCAGGGUGUGGACACAGAUGGAUCUGGUUUCAAUGUACCUGAUGUCAGUGCUCACCUUAAGGACUUCUCAGCUGUACAGCUCCCUACAGCUACUGCUCUGAGGACUGCGGUUCAAAAACAGGUCUCAGGGAUAGCUAAGAAGGAUAGUUAUCAGGCGUUGCUACAGAAGCAGCGUGGAGAUUCAACCAAACGACAUUUUAGGGAGCACAGAAGGCAGUUUCUGCCCUCUGCUCAGAGAAUUGACCCCCAACGCUGGGCAGAAUUUCUAGAAAAAGCUAAAAAGAAUGCCGUUCCAGAGAAACAAGAAAAUACCCCAGCAAAGCCACCCCCACCAGUCACUCAACUUGUGGAAAUAUCUGUUGAAGAAGGAGACUCUUCAGGCAUGCUUUUGCCAGAUGAGGAAUUCAUAGUACUGGCAACCAGAGCUUCUAGUGUUCCAGCAACAGUGACUGCUGAAUCUAGAAUAAUAUCUCACAGCCUUGUAACAAACACUGCUUCUGGCACCAAAGUCUCCCCACUUGUAAGUCCACAAAUCCUGCAACCUACUAUUAAAAUUACAACUAUGUCAGAGAAUAUAAACCCAACCAUGUCAAGCAAAAUGCAAGACACAACCAACCAAAAUCCAACUACCACCUUUCCAUUACUAUCUGGAGUCCCUGAGUUUCAUGAUGUUGACCAGAUGGGGAGAAGAGAGCAUAUUCUAAGCACAUUUCCAAUAAAGGGGGAGAUUAUUACUGAUGAUGUCCACAUUAAAAUGCUUGACAGUAGUACUAACCAAAAAGCAGACACACUUUCAGAGUCAGUAAAUACCACAGACGAUCAUGAGACACCUGUAACAAGAGCCAGUGAGCCCAGGAGAAAUCACUUCUAUUCUCACAUUUCUCAAAACCCUAGCACCUCUGAAGUAUCUUCAGAUCCACACACUGCUGUCCCUUCUCAGUUCCAGAUAUUCAGAAAUAAUACAGCUAUCAUCUCACUACCCAGACGCUUUGGGAGAUGGAGGAAAAUUUGGGGCAGAGGACGAAUAACCAGCCCAUUUAGAAACUCAGUUCUCCGAUGGCAUAGAUACAGCAUUGUGAGGUCAACAUCCAGAGGUUCUUCUGAAGAACGCACUACUGCAUUUUCAGCUCCAGAGAUGCUUGUGACGUGCCCAUCUUGUUUACCCAGGCAGAGACUUUCCUCCACCACAGCCGCACUGUUUCUUCCAGAAACUUCCCCCAGCACUCUCCCCAGAGCUGAGAUCACUAAGGUCACAACAGAAGAGUCUAUAACACCAGCUCAGAGUCUUUCAUCACUGUUUGAAAACAAGCCAAUUGUAGAUACUGAGACAAUAACACCCACGAUAAAAUUUUUUGGUUCUGAAAGUACCCAGAAAAUUUUAACUGCUACUGCCCUGACUUACUCUUCAAGAUCUAUAUCGAUGGAAAAAACUCUUACAGUAAAUAAUGGUUACCAAAGUGAGUCUAGCACCAGGGAAGCUGAAAGAGAUUCAGAGAUUAUGUUACCUCUUUCACAUCCCACUACCAAGCCACCUGUGCCUAUUACUGUAGGCAUUACAGGAAUUUCACGAAGGAAAAUUCCCUGGCAUCAGAUCUUUGUAAACAGGCACAAUCCAAAAGGGUUAUUAAAGAAUCUGCAUAAAUUUAGUUUACAAAAAAGCAAAGCCACAAUGCUUCCUAAAAUACUUCCUGCUUUACCUACAAAUAAAAUUAUCCCCUUCCAUUCCACGACCCUCUCAGCAAGCCUGACACCAAUUCCACCAGCAACUUCAACUACAGUUCACCACAAUAUCACUGAAACACACGCUCCUGAAAGUGUCCUAUCAAGGAAGGGGCUUAUCCUCCCACCUUCUUACCCUAUGUUUCCUAGUAACUCAAGCAAAAAAUCAAGUACAGUAAGCUUCACAUCGAUGCAGACAACACCAACAACUCUUCCCACUGCUUCUGCAUCUGUCAUUAUCAAUAAAAUCCAAACAGCAAGACCCAGAGCACAAAAAUGGCAAAGAAUAGAGGAGCCUCAGAAUAAGAAUGAUCUGAACAUCUCUUCUGGUGAGAGUUUUGGCAUCUCUACAUCUGCUGCUGUGCUACCUCCUGUUUUGACUAGAACUGAAACUUCAGUCAAGCCAAAUAUCUCUGUUGUCACUCAUUCCCUCCUAGAGUACACAAGUAGAUCUUUGAGCAAAAUUGACCAGCAUUCGAGAACUACUAAUCUGGCAAAUGGAACUAAAGAACUACCCCAAGAGAACACUCUGACUUUGCAAAACACAAUUGCUUCCAAAACAACUUUUUCUAGACUAUCAGAGCAGAAUACAACUAAGAAAACCACAAUUAGUCUCUCAACCACGCCACCAUUCCUAAGUAGCAGUGCCCCUCUAAUGUCCAUGCCUACCUCCCCUCCCUCUGCUCAAGGUGCAGCUACUGACAGCUCAGGAACAUCUGUUUUCAAGAUGACAGAUAUGAUGGUCAAGCUGCAUGAAUCCUCAAGGAAUAAUACUAAUUCACAGCAAUCAGCAGAAGCACUCUCAGCACCACGGAAAGUGCACCCAAAAGCUGAGUUCACAACUAGAACCACUCACUUUACCUACUAUGACCUAUUGUAUUCUACUCCCGCGUCAGUCCUAAACACAACAGUUAAACCACAGAUUUCUAAAUGGACGCCCUUUCCUCAGCCAGAAAACCAGUUUUGGCACAAGUCAGACCCAGACAUUUUUGAAAAGGACAAGAAUCCAGCAGCCAGUAUGUCUCCCACUCUCAGCCUGCCGGAGCCCACUUCUCACACUUCACAUUGGGGUAGACAGAAUAAUGCAAAGAAGAGUGGAUUUGAUAAGAAACCUGUGGAAAAAAUAACUUCCACGGUCCUUUCCUCUGACAUUUUGUCCAGGAAUACAUUUGAAAAGCCCAGAAUAGUCGGAGGAAAAGCUGCAAGUUUUACUGUUCUAGCUGACUCAGAUGGCUUGCUUCCUUGUGAGGCUAUUGGAAAUCCCCUGCCCACCAUCCACUGGACCAGAGUCUCUUCAGGAAUUGAAUUGUCUAAAAGGCAGCAGAAGAGCCGGUUCCACGUGUUCCCCAAUGGCACCCUGUCCAUCCAGAGGGUCAGCAUUCAGGACCGUGGACAGUACCUGUGCUCCGCAUCCAAUCCCUUUGGCACAGACCGCCUUCAUGUCACUUUGUCUGUGGUUUCCUAUCCCCCCAGGAUCCUGGAGAGACAUACCAAAGAGAUCACAGUUCAUUCUGGAAGCACUGUGCGACUGAAGUGCAGAGUGGAAGGUAGGCCUAGCCCUACAAUUGCCUGGAUUCUUGCAAACCAAACAGUGGUCUCAGAAGCAUCUCAGAGAAAGACUCAGGCCCUGGUAACAUCCGACGGCACACUGGUCAUCCAUAAUCUAAGUAUUUAUGACCGUGGCUUUUACAAAUGCAUCGCCAGCAACCUAGCUGGCCAGGAUUCAUGGCUGGUUAAAAUACAAGUCAUCGCAGCUCCCCCUGUUAUUCUAGAGCAAAAAAAGCAAGACAUUGUAGGGAUUUGGGGUGAAAGUUUGACACUGCCCUGUACUGCAAAAGGAAGUCCUCAGCCCACUGUUCACUGGGUCCUUUUUGAUGGCACUGAGGUAAAACCAUUGCAGUUUACUAAUUCCAAAGUGCUCCUGUAUUCAAAUGGGAGUCUGCAUAUAAGAAAUAUAGUUCCUGCAGACAGGGGCACUUAUGAGUGCAUUGCUACCAGCUCCACAGGCUCAGAGAGAAGAGUGGUAAUUCUCACUGUGAAAGAACAAGAGACCAUACCCAGGAUAGAAGUUGCCUCUCAGAAAUGGACUGAGGUGAACAUAGGAGACAAAUUACUACUGAACUGCUCAGCUACAGGGGAGCCCAAACCCAAAAUAAUCUGGAGAUUACCAUCCAAGACUAUUGUCGACCAGUGGCACCGAAUAGGCAAUCGUAUCCAUGUUUACCCAAACGGAUCCCUGUUAAUUGGUUCAGUAACAGAAAAAGAUGGUGGUGACUACUUAUGUGUGGCAAGAAACAAAAUGGGAGACGAUCUGAUCCGGAUGCAUGUGAGCCUGAGGCUAAAACCUGCCAAAAUUGACCACAAGCAGCAUUUCAAAAAGCAAGUGCUCCACGGUAAAGACUUCCAAGUUGACUGCAAAGCUUCUGGCUCCCCCAUGCCUGAGAUAUCCUGGAGUCUGCCUGAUGGAACAAUGAUAAACAACGCAAUGCAAGCUGAUGACAGUGGCCAUAAGACCAAAAGGUACACCCUUUUCGAUAAUGGAACCUUGUAUUUCAACCAAGUUGGAAUUGCAGAAGAAGGAGAUUAUACUUGCUAUGCCCAGAACACCCUAGGAAAGGAUGAAAUGAAGGUUCACCUGACAGUUGUAACAGCUGUCCCACGAAUACGGCAGGCUUACAGGACCACCCUGAGAAUCAAAGCAGGGGCUGCAGUCAUUCUUGACUGUGAGGUCAUUGGGGAACCCAAACCAAAAAUAUUUUGGCUGUUGCCUUCUAAUGACAUGAUUUCAUUCUCCAGUGACAGAUACAUAUUUCAUGCAAAUGGGUCUUUGUCCAUCAACAAAGUGAAACUGCUGGAUUCUGGAGAGUAUGUAUGUGUGGCCCAAAACCCCAGUGGGGAUGAUACCAAAACGUACAAACUGGAUGUUAUCCCACAACCUCCACUAAUCAAUGGUUUGUAUAGAAACAAAACUGUUAUUAAAGCCACAGCUGUGAGGCACUCCAAAAAACACUUGGAUUGCAGAGCUGAAGGGACACCAUCUCCUCAAAUCAUGUGGAUCAUGCCAGACAAUAUUUUGCUCACAGCUCCGUACUAUGGAAGCAGAAUAAAAGUCUAUAAAAAUGGAACCUUGGAAAUUAGGAACCUGAGACUUUCAGAUUCAGCUGAUUUUGUCUGUGUGGCUAAGAAUGAAGGCGGAGAGAGUAUGCUGGUGGUACAGUUAGACGUGCUAGAAAUGCUGAGAAGACCGACAUUCAGAAACCCAUUCAAUGAAAAAGUAGUUGUCCAGCUUGGAAAGCCCACAGUAUUAAAUUGCUCUGUUGAUGGUAAUCCACCACCUGAAAUAAUCUGGAUUCUACCAAACGGCACACAACUUUCUAACGUACCAAAAAAUUCUCACUACCUCAUAGCAAGCAAUGGUUCUUUUAUCAUCAAUAAAACAACUCGAAAUAAUGCAGGAAAAUACCGAUGUGCAGCUAAAAAUAAAGUUGGAUAUAUUGAGAAAUUAAUUGUACUAGAAAUUGGGCAAAAGCCAGUUAUUCUUACAUAUGCAUUAGGGACAGUAAAAAGUGUCAGUGGAGAGUCCCUAUCAUUGCAUUGCAUAUCGGAUGGAAUACCUAAGCCAAAUGUUAAAUGGACUGUACCAAGUGGUUAUAUAAUAGACAGGCCUCAAAGUAAUGGGAAAUACAUAUUGCAUGAAAACGGCACCUUAGUCAUCAAAGAGGCAACAACUUAUGACAGAGGACAUUAUAUUUGUAAGGCUCAAAAUAGUAUUGGUCAUGCACUUAUUAGUAUUCCAGUAAUGAUUGUGGCCUAUCCGCCCCGAAUCACAAAUCACCCACCCAAGAGCAUCCUUACAAGGGAAGGAAUGGCCUUCCAGCUCCAGUGUAUGGCCCUGGGAAUCCCCAAGCCAGAAAUUACUUGGGAGAUGCCUGGCCACACCCUGCUCUCAAGGACAAGUAAAAGGAGAAUCUCUGAAAGUGAGCUGCUGCACCCACAAGGUACCCUGGUCAUUCAGAAUUCCCAAACAUCAGAUUCUGGGAUAUACAAAUGUAUAGCAAAGAAUCCAUUUGGCAGUGAUUAUGCAACAACUUAUGUUCAAGUUAUAUGACAAGAAACAAAGUUAAAAUUGAACAGAAUCAACAUCUGGACUUUAUUUUUUCGAAGAAGUUUAAUCAAAGGCAGCCAUAGGCAUGUAAAUGAAUUUGAAUACAUUUACAAUAUUAACUUUACAGUGGACAUGCAAAAGUGACAUGUAAAUAAAUGCAUUAUGAACUGAUAUUGAUUUCUUUAAUAAAUCCCAACUUAAACUUUUAA